GGCGUUUUGUCGGUGAAUCUGUCACUCUUUCCGCCUGUCAAACGCGCCAGACUGACGAGAAAUAGUGGAAUAAAAUGUAUUUUUAAUUCACGAUAGUCACAAAUACUCGAGAAAAUACAACAAAAUGCACGACGCCUACGAAGCAACUCCUAUCCUCAAGGUGUCAGUCCAAAUCGAGUCGAUGGCAGCCUAUGACGACAAUUUGUUAAUUGGAACGAGAGAGGGACAUUUGCUCAUCUACAAUGUACCACCGAAAUUCAAUGAGUAUGGAAAGUUGGAACUGUUAAGUUACAGUAAAAAUUUCAGCAAGAAAAGAAUUGUGCAGGUGGAUGUUGUCCCUGAGUUCAAUCUACUUAUUUUAUUGUCAGACGACAUAAUCUGCGUGCACGACCUGAACUCGUUAAAUAUCCAACAAAUAAAUCAACUCCCGAAAACAAAAGGAGCAACGCUCUUCGCCCUGGACGUCCAGGAGGCGGAGAGUCUAACCGGUGAGAAGAAUACAGUGGUACGUCUCUGUGUGGCUGUUAAACGAAAGCUGCAGCUGUAUUAUUGGAAGGGUCGAGAGAAUCAGUUCAAAGAUCUGGGAGUUGAAUCCCGAAAUGAAUUAUCACUGCCAGAUGUUCCAAGGGAGCUUGCCUGGUGCGGUGAGACAUUGAUAGUGGGUUUUCACGGUAUUUCGUACACACUACUAUCCCUAGAAGGCAAGAUGAAGGAGCUCUUUCCAACAGGCAAGCCCCCAAAGCCCAGUAUCACAAAACUAUCGGAUUCGUCAUUUGCCCUGGGAAAAGACUCCCAAUCGAUAAUAAUGGACACCUCUGGAGAAUUGAUCCAGCACAAUCCAGUGAAAUGGACAGAUUCUCCGAGUGCCACUGCCUGGGACGAUCCCUAUCUCCUGGGGAUAGUCCACGAUACUCUAGAGGUCUACACCCUGGAGGGAUCCCUGCACAUCCAGACUCUCCAGGAUCUCAACAAAUCUCGACUACUCUGCAGAUGCAAACAGGGACGAGUCUAUAUUGCCUCAAUCAGUCAGGUCUGGUGUGUUUCCUCAGUGGACGUUGAACUUCAGAUUAGAAAGCUCCUGGAGCAGAAUCAGUUCCAACUGGCCCUGAAGCUGACCAGCCUCUCAGACGCCACAGACGACGACAAACAGAAGAGAACGUAUAAAAUCCAGACUCUGUACGCCCAUCACUUGUUCUGCAGCAAAAAAUUCCAGGAGGCGAUGAAGCAAUUCCACGACUUGGGGACAGAUCCAUAUGAGGUAAUCAGGCUUUUUCCUCACCUGGUAGAUUCUGGGGGAGCCAAUGACGUGAACGAACCAGUGACAAGUCUCCCCAAGCUGCAGGAUCGAGACCUGGAGAAUGGAUUACUGGCACUGAUUGGUUUUCUGACGGAGGUAAGGCAUAACUUGAUGGGGGGCACAGAUGUAAAGGAGAAGGACGGAAAAAGGGAGGAUGGGAAGAAGGACAGGAAGAGUAUGACAGCAGCUGCAACGGAGCAGCUCCUAAAGAUAAUUGACACGACACUUUUGAAGUGUUAUCUCCAGACUAACGACGCCCUAGUAGCGCCUCUCCUCAGGCUCAACCACUGUCACCUCGCUGAGGCUGAAAAAACACUUCUGCAACACCAGAAGUACCCCGAGCUCAUAAUCCUGUAUCAGACGAAGGGCCAGCACAAGAAAGCCCUCGAACUCCUGGAGAAACAGAGCAAACAGAGUGACUCCAGCCUCAAGGGCACUGAGAGAACCAUUCAGUAUCUCCAGCACCUGGGAAAGGAGCACAUCGAACUGAUCCUUAAAUUCUCUGGAUGGGUGCUGGAGCAGGACCCUGAACAGGGUCUCAGAAUAUUCAUCGAGGACAUUCAGGAGGUUGAGCAACUCCCCAGGCCAAAAGUUCUUGAUUAUCUACUGAGGCAGCACAAGAGUCUCGUCAUCACGUACCUGGAGUACGUGGUGAGAGUCUGGGAGGAUGAGAACUCGUUGUUUCACAAUAUUUUGGUCCAUCAGUACAAGGAGAAGUGUCUCGCCGGAAUGAGCCCAACUGCGACACCUGCGGAAAGGCAGAAUGCUGAGCACGUUAGGCAGAAACUGCAGCAGUUCCUUGAAAAAAGUGUUCACUACACUCCUGAGACGGUUCUCGUUCAGUUCCCCUCUGAUAGCCUCUUCGAGGAGAGGGCUAUUAUACUUGGCAGACUUGGCAGGCAUCAUCAGGCCAUUUCUAUUUAUGUUAAUUUACUUAAUGACGUGCCCAGGGCCAUAAAAUACUGUCAUAACGUCUACGCUGGGUUCGAGGGCCAGAGGAGUGGUGAUGGGGUAAAAUCGACUGAUGGAGCUGAUGAGGUGUACGUGACACUCAUUCAACAGUUAUUGAAGCCAGAGCCUGUAUUUAUGGCUGGAAAUUCGGAAAUACAAAAAACUGCUCAGCCUGAUCUCGAGACAGCUCUGGAACUCCUGGAGCAAUACGCCCCGAAGGUAUCACCAAUUAAGGCCUUGGAGGUGUUACCAGAUACUGUGCCAAUCGGCAGGAUCAGGCACUUCCUGGAGGCGUCUCUGCAAAAUCAAUUGAACGAAAGGAGGAGAACUCAAAUUUUAAAGGGUCUUCUUCAUGCUGAACAUCUGCAGGUGCAAGAGCAGAGAAUGCAUUAUGAGUCACAGAGUGUUCUCAUGACUGAGUUCAAUAUUUGCUCUGUUUGCAAGAAGAGAUUUGGAAAUCAGAGUGCAUUCGCCAGAUAUUCCAACGGCGAGAUUGUCCAUUACUCCUGCCAGGAGCGAAAGUCAUAGGUGAUUGCAGAUUCCACCGGUUGUGAUUCUUUAAUGAUUGAGGGUGAAAUUAUUCAGUAAAAAAUCAGGAAUAACAAACGGUGAUGAAGGAUGGGGCGUGCCCGGUCCAGAAAACGUGUAAACGGGGCUGAUGAUGUCAUAGACAUGAGUUGUGUAUCCCUCCGCCAUAUCGUACAAGUCGCAUUAUACUUGUGUAGGUGUACACAGCAAUAAAUUGAAGCAGGUACGACUUGAAUUUCACCUGCACCCCUACACCAUUUAAAAAUCAUCGCAUCGUUUUUAUUUAUCAUUUCUAAUGAUCCAAAUCGAUGAGAUUAUUAACAUUAAAAAUUACUGAUUAACUGAUAUUGAUAUUAAAUUUUUAUAUCAUU